GGUUACUGGAGUUGCUGGAAGUGACGGGAGUUGCUGGCGCUACUGGAGUUACUGGUGUUACUGGAGACAGGGUGACUGGUGUUGCUGGUGUCGCUGGCGUUGCUGGUGUUGCUGGAGUUACUGGGGUUACUGGAGUUGUUGCAUAUGCUGGGCUUACUGGAGGUGACUGGUGUUGCUGGUGCUGCUGGACUUACUGGUGUUACUGGACACGGGGUGACUGGAGAUGUGCCCAUGUCUCCAUGGGUGUCCCUCUGUCCCCUGGGUGUCCCCCACAGCUGUCCACGUGUCCCCGGACCAUGACCCCGGGGCUGCCCCUGCUGCUGCUGGCACUGGCGCUGAGGGGGGGGACAGGGACCCCCCCUCGGUCCCCCCCGGGUCCCCCAGGUCCCACCUGUGGGGCCGCGGCGCUGGUGGCCAUCCUGGGGCGCCUGCGGGAGCUGGAGGGACAAGUGCGGGCGCUGCAGGAUCAGUGCGGGGACAGCCAGGGUCCCCAGGCUGGCACCGGACGCACGCUGGCUCGGGAGCUCUGUGCCCCCACCGCCGGGGACGGCUGCGGCUGCCCCUCCCCCCCCUCCCCUCCCCCCAGCCCCCCUUCCCCCCCCCAGCCCCCCUGUCCCUUCGGCUGCAGCGACCAGGGACGAUGUCGGGGGGGUCGCUGCCGCUGCUUCCCCGGCUUCACCGGCCCCCACUGCGCCACCCCCGCCUGUCCCCCCGGCCAUGGCGGGCCCCGCUGCGCCCUUGAGAUCCCCUCAGUGACACCGCGCUUGGCCACCCGCAACCAGACGUCCUUCCGUGUGACCUGGCCCCGCCCCCCCGUGCCGGUGGAUGGCUACCAGGUGGCCCUCAUUCCCCUGGACGAGCCAGCAGCGAUGACCACCCAUGAGCUGCCUGGCUCCGCUGUCACCUUCGAGGUGACGGGGCUGGCACCCGGCCACGCCUUUGAGCUCUUCAUCCAGGCCCAGCGGGAGCAGCACCUCGGGGCACCCGGCACCCUGCGAGUCCGCACCGUGCUUGCCCAGACUCUGCCCACCCAUGGGGGGUCCCCAGGGUCCCCUCAGGGUUCCCUGGGGUCCCCAGCAUCACCAGUGGCCCCAGCGUCACCAUCUGCCCGAGGGUCUCCAGCAUCCCCAGGGUCACCAGGGUCUCUGGGAUCACCGGCAUCACCAGUGUCACCGGAUGCAUCCUUGGGGUCACCAGGGUCUUUGGGGUCACCAGCAUCUCCAAGGUUUCCAUCCUCCCCAGUAUCUCGAGGCUCGCCGGGGUCCCCAGCAUCCCCGAGGUCUCCAGUGUCACCAGAGUCCCCGGCAUCACCAGUGUCCCCUAAAUCCCCAGGGUCAUCAGUGUCCCCAAGGUCCCCAGAGGCACCAGUAUCCCCAGUGUCCCCAAGGUCACCUGUGACUCCAUGGUCCCCAGCAUCACCACAAUCUCCUGUGUCACCUCCAUCUCCAUGGUCCCCAGUGUCCCCAGCAUCCCCGCUGUCCCCAGUGCUCCCAGUUGGCCCAUCUCUGCAUGACCUGGGGGCCAAGCUCUCCUCCUACAAUGGCUCCUUGCUGCAGCGCCUGGAGAGCCACCUCCGGGCUACAAACUUCCCCCUCCGGGGCAACCAAACGGUGCCGGCAGUGGCCCGCGCCAUCCUCUCUUACCUUCUGCGUCGCAGCCCGGCCCCGUUGCGUCACCAGCUCCUUCGCCAGAUCCCCCACCCCAAGCCCCAGCUGAUGCCAGGGGCUGCUGGUGAGGCUCUGGUGGACCUGGACGGGCUACGGGGCCAUGCAGAGACUGUGGUGAUCCGUUACCGGCUCCUGGAAGAGCCAGAGGGGGCCGAGGGGGAGCUGCAGGUGCCAGGGGACACAGCGGUGGCCCGGGUGCCAGGGCUGGUGCCAGGGGCCAUGUACCGGGUGGAGGUGCACGGCGUGGUGCGGGGGCAAGUCUCCAAGUCCUACACAUUCCUGGUGACGGCAGGGGUGGGUGGCACCGAUGAGCCCCCGCCGGACUGGGAGCACAAGUAUGAGAUGGAGUUGACGGAGCCCAAAAGUGCUAUAGCCAAAGCAGUGCCAGCUCCGCCAUCGGAGGAACCACCACUCCGGCCCCGCCUGGGCGAGCUCACGGUCUCCCAUGUCACCUCUGGCUCCAUCCAGCUGGAGUGGAGUGUCCUUGAGGGCACCUUUGACUCCUUCACGGUGCAGUACAGGGAUGCACAAGGCCAGCCUCAGGCACUUGCAGUUGAUGGCGGGUCCCGCACAGUGACGGUGCCUGGGCUGUCACCGUCCCGCCGCUACAAGUUCAACCUGUACGGGGUGUGGGGUCGGAAACGGAUUGGUCUUAUCUCUACUGAUGCUGUCACAGCCCCAGCCCCACCAAAGAAGGAACCACCAUCCCAGCCCAUCCUGGGCGACCUCACAGCCUCCCACGUCAGCCCUGAAUCCGUCCAGCUGGAGUGGAACGUCCCCGAGGGCACCUUUGACUCCUUCACGGUGCAGUACAAGGAUGCCCAAGGCCAGCCCCAGGUGCUGCCCGUGGACGGUGGUUCACGCACGGUGACGGUGCCUGGGCUGUCACCAUCCCGCCGCUACAAGUUCAACCUGUACGGGGUGUGGGGUCGGAAACGCCUGGGCCCCGUCUCCACCGAUGCCGUCACAGCUGUGGCUGAGCCAGAAGAAGAACCACCACCGCAGCCCAUCCUGGGCGAGCUCACGGCCUCCCACGUCAGCCCCGACUCCGUCCAGCUGGAGUGGAACGUCCCCAAGGGCACCUUUGACUCCUUCACGGUGCAGUACAGGGAUGCCCAAGGCCAGCCCCAGGUGCUGCCUGUGGACGGUGGUUCACGCACGGUGACGGUGCCUGGGCUGUCACCAUCCCGCCGCUACAAGUUCAACCUUUAUGGGGUGUGGGGUCAGAAACGCCUGGGCCCUGUCUCCACCGAUGCCGUCACAGCUGCAGCCGAGCCAGAGGAGGAGCCACCAUCGCAGCCCAUCCUGGGCGAGCUCACGGCCUCCCACGUCAGCCCCGACUCCGUCCAGCUGGAGUGGAGCGUCCCCGAGGGCACCUUUGACUCCUUCACGGUGCAGUACAAGGAUGCCCAAGGCCAGCCCCAGGUGCUGCCCGUGGACGGUGGUUCACGCACGGUGACGGUGCCUGGGCUGUCACCAUCCCGCCGCUACAAGUUCAACCUGUACGGGGUGUGGGGUCGGAAACGCCUGGGCCCCGUCUCCACCGAUGCGGUCACAGCUGCGUCCGAGCCAGAGGAGGAGCCACCAUCGCAGCCCAUCCUGGGCGAGCUCACAGCCUCCCACGUCAGCCCCGACUCCGUCCAGCUGGAGUGGAGCGUCCCCGAGGGCACCUUUGACUCCUUCACGGUGCAGUACAGGGAUGCCCAAGGCCAGCCCCAGGUGUUGCCCGUGGACGGUGGCUCACGCACGGUGACGGUGCCUGGGCUGUCACCAUCCCGCCGCUACAAGUUCAACCUGUACGGGGUGUGGGGUCGGAAACGCCUGGGCCCCGUCUCCACCGAUGCGGUCACAGCUGCGUCCGAGCCAGAGGAGGAGCCACCAUCGCAGCCCAUCCUGGGCGAGCUCACGGCCUCCCACGUCAGCCCCGACUCCGUCCAGCUGGAGUGGAGCGUCCCCGAGGGCACCUUUGACUCCUUCACGGUGCAGUACAAGGAUGCCCAAGGCCAGCCCCAGGUGUUGCCCGUGGACGGUGGUUCACGCACGGUGACGGUACCUGGGCUGUCACCAUCCCGCCGCUACAAGUUCAACCUGUACGGGGUGUGGGGUCGGAAACGCCUGGGCCCCGUCUCCACCGAUGCGGUCACAGCUGCGUCCGAGCCAGAGGAGGAGCCACCAUCGCAGCCCAUCCUGGGCGAGCUCACAGCCUCCCACGUCAGCCCCGACUCCGUCCAGCUGGAGUGGAGCGUCCCCGAGGGCACCUUUGACUCCUUCACGGUGCAGUACAGGGAUGCCCAAGGCCAGCCCCAGGUGUUGCCCGUGGACGGUGGUUCACGCACGGUGACGGUACCUGGGCUGUCACCAUCCCGCCGCUACAAGUUCAACCUGUACGGGGUGUGGGGUCGGAAACGCCUGGGCCCCGUCUCCACCGAUGCCGUCACAGCUCCACAAGAAGAGGAGCCACCAUCGCAGCCCAUCCUGGGCGAGCUCACGGCCCCUCAUGUCAGCCCCGACUCCGUCCAGCUGGAGUGGAGCGUCCCCAAGGGCACCUUUGACUCCUUCACGGUGCAGUACAAGGAUGCCCAAGGCCAGCCCCAGGUGUUGCCCGUGGACGGUGGUUCACACACGGUGACGGUGCCUGGGCUGUCACCAUCCCGCCGCUACAAGUUCAACCUGUACGGGGUGUGGGGUCGGAAACACCUGGGCCCCGUCUCCACCGAUGCGGUCACAGCUGCGUCCGAGCCAGAGGAGGAGCCACCAUCGCAGCCCAUCCUGGGCGAGCUCACGGCCUCCCACGUCAGCCCCGACUCCGUCCAGCUGGAGUGGAGCGUCCCCGAGGGCACCUUUGACUCCUUCACGGUGCAGUACAGGGAUGCCCAAGGCCAGCCCCAGGUGUUGCCCGUGGACGGAGGUUCACGCACGGUGACGGUGCCUGGGCUGUCACCAUCCCGCCGCUACAAGUUCAACCUGUACGGGGUGUGGGGUCGGAAACGCCUGGGCCCCGUCUCCACCGAUGCCGUCACAGCUCCACAAGAAGAGGAGCCACCAUCGCAGCCCAUCCUGGGCGAGCUCACGGCCCCUCAUGUCAGCCCCGACUCCGUCCAGCUGGAGUGGAGCGUCCCCGAGGGCACCUUUGACUCCUUCACGGUGCAGUACAAGGAUGCCCAAGGCCAGCCCCAGGUGUUGCCCGUGGACGGAGGUUCACGCACGGUGACGGUGCCUGGGCUGUCACCAUCCCGCCGCUACAAGUUCAACCUGUACGGGGUGUGGGGUCGGAAACGCCUGGGCCCCGUCUCCACCGAUGCGGUCACAGCUGCGUCCGAGCCAGAGGAGGAGCCACCAUCGCAGCCCAUCCUGGGCGAGCUCACGGCCUCCCACCCCCAGGUGUUGCCCGUGGACGGUGGUUCACGCACGGUGACGGUGCCUGGGCUGUCACCAUCCCGCCGCUACAAGUUCAACCUGUACGGGGUGUGGGGUCGGAAACGCCUGGGCCCCGUCUCCACCGAUGCCGUCACAGGUUCACGCACGGUGACGGUGCCUGGGCUGUCACCAUCCCGCCGCUACAAGUUCAACCUGUACGGGGUGUGGGGUCGGAAACGCCUGGGCCCCGUCUCCACCGAUGCGGUCACAGCUGCGUCCGAGCCAGAGGAGGAGCCACCAUCGCAGCCCAUCCUGGGCGAGCUCACGGCCUCCCACCCCCAGGUGUUGCCCGUGGACGGUGGUUCACGCACGGUGACGGUGCCUGGGCUGUCACCAUCCCGCCGCUACAAGUUCAACCUGUACGGGGUGUGGGGUCGGAAACGCCUGGGCCCCGUCUCCACCGAUGCCGUCACAGGUUCACGCACGGUGACGGUGCCUGGGCUGUCACCAUCCCGCCGCUACAAGUUCAACCUGUACGGGGUGUGGGGUCGGAAACGCCUGGGCCCCGUCUCCACCGAUGCGGUCACAGGCCAGCCCCAGGUGUUGCCCGUGGACGGUGGUUCACGCACGGUGACGGUGCCUGGGCUGUCACCAUCCCGCCGCUACAAGUUCAACCUGUACGGGGUGUGGGGUCGGAAACGCCUGGGCCCCGUCUCCACCGAUGCCGUCACAGGUUCACGCACGGUGACGGUGCCUGGGCUGUCACCAUCCCGCCGCUACAAGUUCAACCUGUACGGGGUGUGGGGUCGGAAACGCCUGGGCCCCGUCUCCACCGAUGCCGUCACAGGCCAGCCCCAGGUGUUGCCCGUGGACGGUGGUUCACGCACGGUGACGGUGCCUGGGCUGUCACCAUCCCGCCGCUACAAGUUCAACCUGUACGGGGUGUGGGGUCGGAAACGCCUGGGCCCCGUCUCCACCGAUGCGGUCACAGCUGCGUCCGAGCCAGAGGAGGAGCCACCAUCGCAGCCCAUCCUGGGCGAGCUCACGGCCUCCCACCCCCAGGUGUUGCCCGUGGACGGUGGUUCACGCACGGUGACGGUGCCUGGGCUGUCACCAUCCCGCCGCUACAAGUUCAACCUGUACGGGGUGUGGGGUCGGAAACGCCUGGGCCCCGUCUCCACCGAUGCCGUCACAGGUUCACGCACGGUGACGGUGCCUGGGCUGUCACCAUCCCGCCGCUACAAGUUCAACCUGUACGGGGUGUGGGGUCGGAAACGCCUGGGCCCCGUCUCCACCGAUGCGGUCACAGGCCAGCCCCAGGUGUUGCCCGUGGACGGUGGUUCACGCACGGUGACGGUGCCUGGGCUGUCACCAUCCCGCCGCUACAAGUUCAACCUGUACGGGGUGUGGGGUCGGAAACGCCUGGGCCCCGUCUCCACCGAUGCCGUCACAGGUUCACGCACGGUGACGGUGCCUGGGCUGUCACCAUCCCGCCGCUACAAGUUCAACCUGUACGGGGUGUGGGGUCGGAAACGCCUGGGCCCCGUCUCCACCGAUGCCGUCACAGGCCAGCCCCAGGUGUUGCCCGUGGACGGUGGUUCACGCACGGUGACGGUGCCUGGGCUGUCACCAUCCCGCCGCUACAAGUUCAACCUGUACGGGGUGUGGGGUCGGAAACGCCUGGGCCCCGUCUCCACCGAUGCGGUCACAGCUGCGUCCGAGCCAGAGGAGGAGCCACCAUCGCAGCCCAUCCUGGGCGAGCUCACGGCCUCCCACGUCAGCCCCGACUCCGUCCAGCUGGAGUGGAGCGUCCCCGAGGGCACCUUUGACUCCUUCACGGUGCAGUACAGGGAUGCCCAAGGCCAGCCCCAGGUGUUGCCCGUGGACGGUGGUUCACGCACGGUGACGGUGCCUGGGCUGUCACCAUCCCGCCGCUACAAGUUCAACCUGUACGGGGUGUGGGGUCGGAAACGCCUGGGCCCCGUCUCCACCGAUGCCGUCACAGCUCCACAAGAAGAGGAGCCACCAUCGCAGCCCAUCCUGGGCGAGCUCACGGCCCCUCAUGUCAGCCCCGACUCCGUCCAGCUGGAGUGGAGCGUCCCCGAGGGCACCUUUGACUCCUUCACGGUGCAGUACAAGGAUGCCCAAGGCCAGCCCCAGGUGUUGCCCGUGGACGGAGGUUCACGCACGGUGACGGUGCCUGGGCUGUCACCAUCCCGCCGCUACAAGUUCAACCUGUACGGGGUGUGGGGUCGGAAACGCCUGGGCCCCGUCUCCACCGAUGCGGUCACAGCUGCGUCCGAGCCAGAGGAGGAGCCACCAUCGCAGCCCAUCCUGGGCGAGCUCACGGCCUCCCACGUCAGCCCCGACUCCGUCCAGCUGGAGUGGAGCGUCCCCGAGGGCACCUUUGACUCCUUCACGGUGCAGUACAGGGAUGCCCAAGGCCAGCCCCAGGUGUUGCCCGUGGACGGUGGUUCACGCACGGUGACGGUGCCUGGGCUGUCACCAUCCCGCCGCUACAAGUUCAACCUGUACGGGGUGUGGGGUCGGAAACGCCUGGGCCCCGUCUCCACCGAUGCGGUCACAGCUGCGUCCGAGCCAGAGGAGGAGCCACCAUCGCAGCCCAUCCUGGGCGAGCUCACGGCCUCCCACGUCAGCCCCGACUCCGUCCAGCUGGAGUGGAGCGUCCCCGAGGGCACCUUUGACUCCUUCACGGUGCAGUACAGGGAUGCCCAAGGCCAGCCCCAGGUGUUGCCCGUGGACGGUGGUUCACGCACGGUGACGGUGCCUGGGCUGUCACCAUCCCGCCGCUACAAGUUCAACCUGUACGGGGUGUGGGGUCGGAAACGCCUGGGCCCCGUCUCCACCGAUGCCGUCACAGCUCCACAAGAAGAGGAGCCACCAUCGCAGCCCAUCCUGGGCGAGCUCACGGCCCCUCAUGUCAGCCCCGACUCCGUCCAGCUGGAGUGGAGCGUCCCCGAGGGCACCUUUGACUCCUUCACGGUGCAGUACAAGGAUGCCCAAGGCCAGCCCCAGGUGUUGCCCGUGGACGGAGGUUCACGCACGGUGACGGUGCCUGGGCUGUCACCAUCCCGCCGCUACAAGUUCAACCUGUACGGGGUGUGGGGUCGGAAACGCCUGGGCCCCGUCUCCACCGAUGCGGUCACAGCUGCGUCCGAGCCAGAGGAGGAGCCACCAUCGCAGCCCAUCCUGGGCGAGCUCACGGCCUCCCACGUCAGCCCCGACUCCGUCCAGCUGGAGUGGAGCGUCCCCGAGGGCACCUUUGACUCCUUCACGGUGCAGUACAGGGAUGCCCAAGGCCAGCCCCAGGUGUUGCCCGUGGACGGUGGUUCACGCACGGUGACGGUGCCUGGGCUGUCACCAUCCCGCCGCUACAAGUUCAACCUGUACGGGGUGUGGGGUCGGAAACGCCUGGGCCCCGUCUCCACCGAUGCCGUCACAGCUCCACAAGAAGAGGAGCCACCAUCGCAGCCCAUCCUGGGCGAGCUCACGGCCCCUCAUGUCAGCCCCGACUCCGUCCAGCUGGAGUGGAGCGUCCCCGAGGGCACCUUUGACUCCUUCACGGUGCAGUACAAGGAUGCCCAAGGCCAGCCCCAGGUGUUGCCCGUGGACGGAGGUUCACGCACGGUGACGGUGCCUGGGCUGUCACCAUCCCGCCGCUACAAGUUCAACCUGUACGGGGUGUGGGGUCGGAAACGCCUGGGCCCCGUCUCCACCGAUGCCGUCACAGCUGCGUCCGAGCCAGAGGAGGAGCCACCAUCGCAGCCCAUCCUGGGCGAGCUCACGGCCUCCCACGUCAGCCCCGACUCCGUCCAGCUGGAGUGGAGCGUCCCCGAGGGCACCUUUGACUCCUUCACGGUGCAGUACAGGGAUGCCCAAGGCCAGCCCCAGGUGUUGCCCGUGGACGGUGGUUCACGCACGGUGACGGUGCCUGGGCUGUCACCAUCCCGCCGCUACAAGUUCAACCUGUACGGGGUGUGGGGUCGGAAACGCCUGGGCCCCGUCUCCACCGAUGCCGUCACAGCUCCACAAGAAGAGGAGCCACCAUCGCAGCCCAUCCUGGGCGAGCUCACGGCCCCUCAUGUCAGCCCCGACUCCGUCCAGCUGGAGUGGAGCGUCCCCGAGGGCACCUUUGACUCCUUCACGGUGCAGUACAAGGAUGCCCAAGGCCAGCCCCAGGUGUUGCCCGUGGACGGAGGUUCACGCACGGUGACGGUGCCUGGGCUGUCACCAUCCCGCCGCUACAAGUUCAACCUGUACGGGGUGUGGGGUCGGAAACGCCUGGGCCCCGUCUCCACCGAUGCCGUCACAGCUGCGUCCGAGCCAGAGGAGGAGCCACCAUCGCAGCCCAUCCUGGGCGAGCUCACGGCCUCCCACGUCAGCCCCGACUCCGUCCAGCUGGAGUGGAGCGUCCCCGAGGGCACCUUUGACUCCUUCACGGUGCAGUACAGGGAUGCCCAAGGCCAGCCCCAGGUGUUGCCCGUGGACGGUGGUUCACGCACGGUGACGGUGCCUGGGCUGUCACCAUCCCGCCGCUACAAGUUCAACCUGUACGGGGUGUGGGGUCGGAAACGCCUGGGCCCCGUCUCCACCGAUGCCGUCACAGCUGCGUCCGAGCCAGAGGAGGAGCCACCAUCGCAGCCCAUCCUGGGCGAGCUCACGGCCUCCCACGUCAGCCCCGACUCCGUCCAGCUGGAGUGGAGCGUCCCCGAGGGCACCUUUGACUCCUUCACGGUGCAGUACAAGGAUGCCCAAGGCCAGCCCCAGGUGUUGCCCGUGGACGGAGGUUCACGCACGGUGACGGUGCCUGGGCUGUCACCAUCCCGCCGCUACAAGUUCAACCUGUACGGGGUGUGGGGUCGGAAACGCCUGGGCCCCGUCUCCACCGAUGCCGUCACAGCUGCGUCCGAGCCAGAGGAGGAGCCACCAUCGCAGCCCAUCCUGGGCGAGCUCACGGCCUCCCACGUCAGCCCCGACUCCGUCCAGCUGGAGUGGAGCGUCCCCGAGGGCACCUUUGACUCCUUCACGGUGCAGUACAGGGAUGCCCAAGGCCAGCCCCAGGUGUUGCCCGUGGACGGUGGUUCACGCACGGUGACGGUGCCUGGGCUGUCACCAUCCCGCCGCUACAAGUUCAACCUGUACGGGGUGUGGGGUCGGAAACGCCUGGGCCCCGUCUCCACCGAUGCCGUCACAGCUCCACAAGAAGAGGAGCCACCAUCGCAGCCCAUCCUGGGCGAGCUCACGGCCCCUCAUGUCAGCCCCGACUCCGUCCAGCUGGAGUGGAGCGUCCCCGAGGGCACCUUUGACUCCUUCACGGUGCAGUACAAGGAUGCCCAAGGCCAGCCCCAGGUGUUGCCCGUGGACGGAGGUUCACGCACGGUGACGGUGCCUGGGCUGUCACCAUCCCGCCGCUACAAGUUCAACCUGUACGGGGUGUGGGGUCGGAAACGCCUGGGCCCCGUCUCCACCGAUGCCGUCACAGCUGCGUCCGAGCCAGAGGAGGAGCCACCAUCGCAGCCCAUCCUGGGCGAGCUCACGGCCUCCCACGUCAGCCCCGACUCCGUCCAGCUGGAGUGGAGCGUCCCCGAGGGCACCUUUGACUCCUUCACGGUGCAGUACAGGGAUGCCCAAGGCCAGCCCCAGGUGUUGCCCGUGGACGGUGGUUCACGCACGGUGACGGUGCCUGGGCUGUCACCAUCCCGCCGCUACAAGUUCAACCUGUACGGGGUGUGGGGUCGGAAACGCCUGGGCCCCGUCUCCACCGAUGCCGUCACAGCUCCACAAGAAGAGGAGCCACCAUCGCAGCCCAUCCUGGGCGAGCUCACGGCCCCUCAUGUCAGCCCCGACUCCGUCCAGCUGGAGUGGAGCGUCCCCGAGGGCACCUUUGACUCCUUCACGGUGCAGUACAAGGAUGCCCAAGGCCAGCCCCAGGUGUUGCCCGUGGACGGAGGUUCACGCACGGUGACGGUGCCUGGGCUGUCACCAUCCCGCCGCUACAAGUUCAACCUGUACGGGGUGUGGGGUCGGAAACGCCUGGGCCCCGUCUCCACCGAUGCCGUCACAGCUGCGUCCGAGCCAGAGGAGGAGCCACCAUCGCAGCCCAUCCUGGGCGAGCUCACGGCCUCCCACGUCAGCCCCGACUCCGUCCAGCUGGAGUGGAGCGUCCCCGAGGGCACCUUUGACUCCUUCACGGUGCAGUACAGGGAUGCCCAAGGCCAGCCCCAGGUGUUGCCCGUGGACGGUGGUUCACGCACGGUGACGGUGCCUGGGCUGUCACCAUCCCGCCGCUACAAGUUCAACCUGUACGGGGUGUGGGGUCGGAAACGCCUGGGCCCCGUCUCCACCGAUGCCGUCACAGCUCCACAAGAAGAGGAGCCACCAUCGCAGCCCAUCCUGGGCGAGCUCACGGCCCCUCAUGUCAGCCCCGACUCCGUCCAGCUGGAGUGGAGCGUCCCCGAGGGCACCUUUGACUCCUUCACGGUGCAGUACAAGGAUGCCCAAGGCCAGCCCCAGGUGUUGCCCGUGGACGGUGGUUCACGCACGGUGACGGUGCCUGGGCUGUCACCAUCCCGCCGCUACAAGUUCAACCUGUACGGGGUGUGGGGUCGGAAACGCCUGGGCCCCGUCUCCACCGAUGCCGUCACAGCUGCGUCCGAGCCAGAGGAGGAGCCACCAUCGCAGCCCAUCCUGGGCGAGCUCACGGCCUCCCACGUCAGCCCCGACUCCGUCCAGCUGGAGUGGAGCGUCCCCGAGGGCACCUUUGACUCCUUCACGGUGCAGUACAGGGAUGCCCAAGGCCAGCCCCAGGUGUUGCCCGUGGACGGUGGUUCACGCACGGUGACGGUGCCUGGGCUGUCACCAUCCCGCCGCUACAAGUUCAACCUGUACGGGGUGUGGGGUCGGAAACGCCUGGGCCCCGUCUCCACCGAUGCCGUCACAGCUCCACAAGAAGAGGAGCCACCAUCGCAGCCCAUCCUGGGCGAGCUCACGGCCCCUCAUGUCAGCCCCGACUCCGUCCAGCUGGAGUGGAGCGUCCCCGAGGGCACCUUUGACUCCUUCACGGUGCAGUACAAGGAUGCCCAAGGCCAGCCCCAGGUGUUGCCCGUGGACGGAGGUUCACGCACGGUGACGGUGCCUGGGCUGUCACCAUCCCGCCGCUACAAGUUCAACCUGUACGGGGUGUGGGGUCGGAAACGCCUGGGCCCCGUCUCCACCGAUGCCGUCACAGAUGAUUCUUCCCUGCAUUGUGCCCUCUCUGUUACAGCUGCGUCCGAGCCAGAGGAGGAGCCACCAUCGCAGCCCAUCCUGGGCGAGCUCACGGCCUCCCACGUCAGCCCUGAAUCCGUCCAGCUGGAGUGGAGCGUCCCCGAGGGCACCUUUGACUCCUUCACGGUGCAGUACAAGGAUGCCCAAGGCCAGCCCCAGGUGUUGCCCGUGGACGGUGGUUCACGCACGGUGACGGUGCCUGGGCUGUCACCAUCCCGCCGCUACAAGUUCAACCUGUACGGGGUGUGGGGUCGGAAACGCCUGGGCCCCGUCUCCACCGAUGCCGUCACAGCUCCACAAGAAGAGGAACCACCAUCGCAGCCCAUCCUGGGCGAGCUCACAGCCUCCCAUGUCAGCCCCGACUCCGUCCAGCUGGAGUGGAGCAUCCCCAAGGGCACCUUUGACUCCUUCAUGGUGCAGUACAGGGAUGCCCAAGGCCAGCCUGAGUCACUGCUCGUGGAUGGUAGUUCUCGCACGGUGACGGUGCCUGGGCUGUCACCAUCCCACCGUUAUAAUUUCUACUUGUACGGGGUUUUGGGGCAGAAACGUCUGGGCCCCAUCUCCCUUGACACCAUCACAGCCCCAGCUCUACAAAAGGAGAAACCACCAGCCCAGCCUCGCCUGGGCGAGCUCACGGCCCCUCAUGUCAGCCCCGACUCCGUCCAGCUGGAGUGGAGCGUCCCCGAGGGCACCUUUGACUCCUUCACGGUGCAGUACAAGGAUGCCCAAGGCCAGCCCCAGGUGUUGCCCGUGGACGGUGGUUCACGCACGGUGACGGUGCCUGGGCUGUCACCAUCCCGCCGCUACAAGUUCAACCUGUACGGGGUGUGGGGUCAGAAACGCCUGGGCCCCGUCUCCACCGAUGCUGUCACAGGCGCCCCGGGGACCCUCUGGGUGGGGACCGUGUGGCCCCGCAGCGCCUGGCUGCACUGGGCACCCCCCCACACCCCCCCUGAUGGCUACGACCUCAUCUAUGGCCCCCCCGGAGGACCCCAGCAGACGCUGCGGCUGCCCCCCGAGGUGACAUCCCAUCAGCUGUGGGGCCUGGAGCCGGCGGGGCGCUAUGGGGUGCAGCUGUGGGGGCGGGGAGGGGACACCCCCCACCCCCCCCUGGAAGUGACCUUUGACACCCCUCCUCUCCCCCACCCGCACCCCCGGGACUGCGCCGAGGAGCAGCUGAACGGGCCGGGGCCUUCGCGCGAGACCCUCAUCUUCCUCGGGGGAGACCCCGGGACCCCCCUGCGCGUCUUCUGCGACAUGGAGACCGACGGUGGCGGCUGGCUGGUGUUCCAGCGCCGCCAGGAUGGGGGCACCGAUUUCUGGCGGGGGUGGGACGCCUAUGCCCACGGCUUCGGCAACGUCACCGGGGAGUUCUGGCUGGGGAACGAGGCGCUGCACGCGUUGACGGCGGGGACCCCGACGGAGCUGCGGGUGGAUCUCCGCACGCCGCAGGACGCCGCCUUCGCCCGCUACCGUGACUUCGCCGUGGCCAGCCCUGAGGACCAUUACCGCCUCCGCCUCGGCGCCUACAGUGGCACCGCCGGGGACGCGCUCUCCUACCACGCCGGCAGCCCCUUCUCCACGCGGGACCGGGACCCCCGGGGCCGCCCCCGCCCCUGCGCUGUUGCCUACACCGGGGCCUGGUGGUACCACAACUGCCACUACGCCAACCUCAACGGGCGCUACGGGACCCCCCACCACCACCAGGGCAUCAACUGGUUUCCCUGGAAAGGGUUCGAGUUCUCCAUCCCCUUCACCGAGAUGAAGCUGCGGCCGCAGCGUGACUGAGGGGGCGCGGGGGUCCGGGCAGGACCCGGGGGGGGGGGGGGGGGGGGGGGCCCAGGAAGGAGG